CGGUGAGGUGACGUCACUGCAGGUCGGCGCUGGGAAAGAUGGCCGAAGAGGCGAUGUCAGUGGAGAGAGGAACUGCCCAUCGAGUUGUGAUGAAUCUUGGUAUUCAUAUUCUGUACUACAAAUUCUUGAGGUUCCUGGAAUCUACCUCAAGGUCCUGGUGGAUUACCAGCUGGCUGCCGUCUUGGUGCCCAACGUCAUUGUCACAUCUCAAGGAUGCAGAAGAUAAGAUGCUACAAUCGAUUACAAGCAAGUUCGUGAAACAGUAUGUUUCGAUAUCCAAUGGGAACGUUGUGUGGACCCUUGCGUUCAACGAGGGCGUCCCUGAGAAGACCCCCCUCGUUCUCAUCCACGGGUUUGGAGGAGGUGUGGGGUUGUGGGUGCUGAACCUGGACGCUCUGUGCCAGCAGCGCACUGUCUAUGCUUUCGAUCUGCUGGGCUUUGGGAGGAGCAGUCGGCCGGAAUUCAGCAGCGAUGCAGAGGAGGCGGAAAACCAGUUUGUGGACUCGAUAGAGGAGUGGAGGGCAAAGGUGGGUGUGGAGACAGUGAUUUUGCUGGGACACAAUCUUGGCGGAUAUUUGGCAGCUGCUUAUACACUGAGAUACCCAUCAAGGGUAAAGCACCUGAUACUGGUGGAGCCGUGGGGGUUUCCCGAGAGGCCUAACAGUCCCGAGCAGGACAGGCCGAUUCCAGUCUGGAUCAAAGCACUGGGAGCAAUGCUGAGCCCCUUUAACCCACUGGCGGGGCUUAGGCUGGCAGGCCCUUUGGGUCCGAUGCUGGUUCAGAGACUGAGACCGGACUUCAAAAGGAAAUACGCCUCCUUGUUUGAUGACAACACAGUGACAGAAUAUAUUUAUCACUGUAACGUUCAGACUCCUAGCGGAGAAACGGCCUUCAAGAACAUGACCGUCCCAUAUGGGUGGGCCAAGCGGCCCAUGUUGCAACGGGUCGGCCUGAUCCGAGACGACAUCCCCAUCGCGGUGAUCUACGGGGCUCGCUCUUGUAUAGACGGCAACUCCGGCAGCACGGUUAAAGAGAUGAGGCCGAACUCGCACGUGGAGACGAUCGCCGUACGGGGGGCAGGGCACUACGUCUACGCCGAUCAGUCCGAGGAUUUCAAUCAGAAAGUCCUACAAAUCUGCAGCGCUUUGGACUGAAGGAGGCUGCUUCGCUGCGGCACCCAGCAAUAAUCGUCCCUUUUCAAGACUAACUCGUCCGCGUCUGCCUGUUAAAGACACUCCCUGGGACAUGAGCCGCUAGAGAAAAUUUAACUCUUCCAAUAUCCCAUAUCCCCCACGCAUUGCACUCUUACCAGAGAGCCCGACACGGACGCUUGUCUGGAUAGUGCCUUCGUUGUACAGUACUUUAUUUAUUCUGUGAGCAUGCAAUUAUGACGGGUAGAUUUGGGAAUUUUUAUUCAACUUGAAAUAAGGAAAUAUUGUUUUAUAAGUUAAGACUGGAGAGUAGGUAGGUAGGGAGACUUAAAGAUGACACUAUAGUCUGUUGAGUUUCCUAAAGCUUCUGCUAGAAUUUUGUAGUAAUUCUAGAAAUUUUAUAUAUAAGUUUGCAGUAUAUACAAUCAUAAUGGGCUGCCCGUGAAGCCAUUAGUUCAUUAGUUAAUUCUUAUUUAUAAGGUAUGCUUACUCCAUUUUUACUGCUAUAUUGUGAUGAAAAAAGGAAGUGUUAUAUCAUGUACACUUUGUAUAUCAUGGACCACAAUAUUGAUAAUCCGAAUAUAAUGCAUUAUUAACUUUCAGCCCUUAUUGGUUCACUGCUACGUAUUCCUCCUCAAAUAAUACUUACCGUUUUGUUGAGAGAUAUUUAUAUUUAGGCUGUUUUAAAAUUAUGAUUAAAUAACCUUAGUAAGUAUAGCAUUGCUUGACGUAUGUGUGUGUCAAGCAGAGAAUCGCAAUGUCAUAUGUCAGAGCUCAGUAGUUCUUUGCAACCCAAUAUUUUCUUUAUAAUCCUGAGUCAGAAUAAUAAAUUACGUGGUAGAAGAUGGAUAAAAAACACUUAAUGGGUGAUUGAUCAGAGCUGAAGUUGUUCCUGUAAACUCCAUCUCUCUCUGAAACCACAACACUCUUGCUUGUCUUCAAGUCACUAUAGUUUUGUUUUUUAAACGUUUACGUAGCUGGUCCCUUGGUACAAACUACUUAGCAGACCACUUUUGUCAAACACAUACGGGGCUCCAGUUUAAUGCUGGAGGGGUUUUAAUAUGCCGUAUCUAAAAUGUUGCAUUACAGUUGUAUUAUAUGUCUCUCUAAUGUCUUGCCUAUGAAACCCGUUUGCUUCGGGGUAAAGCAAGGUUAGAAAAGAUGUGUGGAAACAGGCAAAUAAAUAUUUCUAGAUUAUUUUUUCUGGGGCUUUUGUCCCAAUUUUCAAUGCAAUAUUUAUGUAAGCAUAGGUCUAUUUAAAGAAACAAAAAGAAUUCAGAGAGUUCAUAUUUUUCCACAUUAAACAGCUUUAUCUUUAUCUUUGUAUGAUAAUGUAUUUACGUGAGGUAAUGACUUCAACAUUUUUCAAACUGUAGGAGUUGUCCAGUUAGUCACAAUUACCCAACAUUUUAGAAGGUGUUUUGUAAAUAUGUUGUUUUAUAUUGUGUAUACAAAUACAAAUUGCAUAGAAAAUAUUUUAAUAUAUUUUACUUUGAUCUAGAUCUGACGUUCUGAGGUUAUAGAUGAUAAAUUAGCACUUAAAUCCUUAACAAGGCUGUAUAAGGUAUUUCGCAAAAUCUAAGAUUUGGUUUUAACGUUUUUCUGUUUGUGCCAAUAGUAUGGGUGACUAUAGCAGUAGAUAAUAAACCGUAUUUACUGCUUCAUAAGACCAUUGAAGGGAUUGCCUAGAUCGAGCUACUCCAUGUCUUGUUUCUGCAAAUGGCUGUGUGAAACAGUAAAUGGUCCAAUUUCUGCUUUGGCCACCAUAUUUACUUCUUGUCAGAAGAUCAUAGGACCAUUCAGGAGCCUAUUUCCAUUUUUAGUUCAAAUUGAAAUGGGAAAAGUGCUGCCUCCGACAGUUCCACUGGUAUUAUAUUGCCAACAUUUUGAAUCAGAUUUAAAAUCUACCUCAUUUGUUAAGCAACUAUCAGUGAGUCAUUUACAUUGUCUUAUCCCCCCCGGUAGGAGCUGCUGCUCUCGGUGAGCAAGGCUCUUGCGCGUUUUCAGAGGCGAGCAAGGGGGCAGUCGCAACCCUUUCCACAACCCUUCCCAGGAGUGGAAACAAGACGUAUGGAAUGGGGAGUGUUGUCUUCCUAGGUGUGGCGUCUCGUAUCGUUGUGGUUGAUCAAAGACGAGUUGCAGCAGACGUUUCUAGAAGUUGCCCAUCUAAAGCCGUUUUCGGCUCCGAUUUGACUUAUGUCCAUAGAUCCAUUUGGUUGCUUAAAAUGCCACUUAUUUGCACAUUUUUCUGGUGCUGAUCUUGGGAAGGUUUGAAAGAUAUUGUCAUAACAAGGCCUAUACGAUGUGAGGAUCAGGGAUGCGGUACAGAUUUAUGCAAAAGGAUACAACUGAAGAACUUGUAGGUGACAGGUCCAAUAUUUCUUUAACCUAUAUAUUGUAAAAACAUUUUUUUACCAUGUUCAAAUAUUUGAAUAUUAUCACAGGACAGCAUGUUGGCUUUUGUGCUUGGUAUGAAUAAUUCAAAUCAAGUUUUUAAAGUUUCUUUUAAUAUGCUGUUAACAAUAAUUUAGCAAAAAGUGUCUCCAAAAUGCUAAACAGAAGGCAGGCGGCUGCCCUGUGAAAAUGAUUUUUACCACUAUUUUUGUAUUGUUGUAUACACUGAGGUUUGUUCUGUGGAAAUAUACGCUGUCUAUUAAAUUAGGCUUAUUGUUUUGAAGCCAAGCAAUUUUAUGCAGUUAUUAUAAUCUUGUAACCUGCUUAUAUUGUUUACUUAACAUUAACUUCCAGAUUUAAAGAUCUUUUUUAUCCCUGUACUGUUGAACACUGUUCAUUUUGCCGUCUCUGUACACAAAUCAGACUGUUGCUGUUCCUUUGUUCCUCAAUUGUAUUGUGUAAAUGACCUGUAAAUAAAUACAGUAUUUAAACUUU